AUGAGGGAUCAGCCGAAUCCUAAAGGUCAAUAUGGGUUUGAGACGUCCCCUCCACCUUCUGAGGAUGCCGGUCUGCUUGGGCUGAACAAAGACAUACGGCAGUACGUUCGCAAGAAGGACGCAGAAGGGAGAGACGAUGAGCCAUGGCUAUCGAAGCAAGAACUUCCUUCUUCUGAUGAGAUCAUGGGCACAGAGAUGGAAAACGAUGAUUGCGUCGCCUUGAUGCCUAAUAGAAUACUUGGUCCAUGGCCGUCAAGUGGCGCAUACCUGAGAGCACAUUAUGAGCUUCUAAGGGAAGAUGCAGUCGCUCCUUUGAGAGAUGCAGUCGCCUACGUCAAAGACGACCCACACAUGAUGGAUUCACCGCUCCUAAACAUCUACGAAAAGGUGUAUAUUACAGGAAUUACUUUUGCGCAGAAAGGUGUGGCCGUAAAGGUCCGCUUCUCCACUGCACGAGCAGGAAAGAACAUUGUGUGGGAAUAUACGAAACGGCUGAUGAGCGGCACUAUAGUUGCUUUGUCCCCAGCAAAUGACUGCUUUCAGUCAAAAUGUGUAGUGGCUGUGGUGGCUGCCAGGCCUCUUGAGGGAGUAAAGCAGCAACCUCCCGAGAUUGAUCUACUCUUUGCUCGUGCAGAAGAUGCGGACUUCGAUCCUCAGCAGGAAUGGAUCAUGGUAGAAGCGAAAACCGGUUAUUAUGAGGCGCAUAGACAUACAAUGACAGCUCUUCAAAAGAUGGCUACAGAAAGCUUUCCUCUUGCGGAACAUAUUUGUCGUCUUGGUCUGGAAUUGCAACCUCCAGAGUACUUAACCGCUGAUCCGCGUGUUAACAUGGAGCCUAUAUUCCCGGAUGAUGCUGGAACGGACGAAAUCAAUGUGCUGGAAGCAUGGCCACAGACACCCAUGGGAAAUCUAGAUUCUUCUCAAUGGGCUGCUCUCAACCAAAUCCUUACGAAGGAAUUGGCCCUCAUUCAGGGACCCCCAGGCACUGGAAAGACGUUUGUAUCGGUAGUCGCUCUCAAAGUCAUACUCACCCACAUGCGGGAAGGAGAUCCGCCUGUCAUUCUUGCUGCCCAGACAAAUCAUGCCCUCGAUCAGCUUCUACGCCAUGUGUCUAUGUUUCAAGGAAACUACAUCCGCCUUGGCGGAAGAAGCACUGAUGUCGAUAUCAAAAAACGCACCUUAUUUGAAAUCAGGAAGAAGCUACCAAUUCAAGUAGUCCCUGGGGGGCUUCUGGGACCUGCAAGAAAAGAACUUAGAAGACUGAUUGAUGAGAUUUCCGCUCUCCUCAAGCCAUUCAAUCAGGAACGUUCUGGUUCACCACUUCCAGCGUCUUUUUUCCUAAAAGUGGGUGUUCUGUCUCAGUCACAAUUCGAUUCUCUCGAAAGAGGAGCCCAAGGUUGGGUACGAGGUGGUUCAGGAAGCGAUUCAGACCCAAUAGUAAACUGGUUGGGUGACUACAUAUCAAAAUUCGAAGUCGUUUAUGACACCGAGAAUUUCGGUUUUUCGGAGGAUGAUAUUGACCUCGAGUACGAACAGCUCAAAGAGCUAGAAGCGGAACAGGGUAUCGAGGACGAUGAUUUGGAGAUCCUUCGAGGCACAUUUACCCAUCUGAAAGAAAACUUUAUGGGCCGCGGAAUACCUUCUCUUUCUGAGAAGACGAUUCAGGAAGUACACCUCAGACGUCACGACUUGUGGAGAAUACCCGCCAAUGUCCGCGGUUCUGUGUACAAUACUCUUCGAAGGCUCGCCAAGGAGAAAAUAACUGGGAAACUUCGGCAGUUCUUGCGCCUAUACGACGAUUGCUGUGUUGAUCUACAGAUUGGGAAAUGGGAGCGGGACUACAAUAUUCUGAAGAGCGCCAAAGUAAUCGGAAUGACUACUACGGGGCUGAGCAAGUACCGAGCCCUGGUCUCUAGCCUCAAACCAAAGAUUGUUAUGGUUGAGGAAGCUGCAGAAGUGAUUGAAGGUCCAGUCGCAGUGGCCUGCAUCGAGUCUCUACAGCAUCUCAUACUUGUCGGCGACCACAAGCAGCUCCAGGGCCAUUGUUCUGUACAGGAGCUUGAAGGGGAACCUUUCUUCCUCAAUGUAUCCAUGUUUGAAAGGCUCGUCCACAAUGGUAUUGAUUUCAGGACCCUGACCAGACAGCGGAGAAUGGCUCCCGAAAUUCGCAAACUACUGAGUCCGAUCUACAGCGAUCUGCAGGAUCAUCCUUCCGUCUUGGAUCGCCCCAAAAUCCCAGGUAUGGGAGAUAUCAAUACCUACUUCUUUCAUCACACAUGGCCAGAGAGUUCCGAUAACCUUUCGUCCAAGUACAAUCAGGAUGAAGCACAAAUGAUGGUCGGUUUCUACUUUUACCUCGUGCUGAAUGGAAUGUCGGUGAAUGACAUUACUGUGCUUACGUUCUAUAAUGGUCAGAGGAAGAAGAUACUGAAACUACUAAAAGAUCACCAAUACCUUCAGGGUCAGUAUGUCAAGGUUGUCACCGUCGAUUCCUACCAAGGAGAGGAGAACGAAGUUGUUAUCUUAUCACUUGUUCGGAGUAGCGAACGUGCGAACAUCGGCUUCUUGUCCAUUGAGAACAGAGUUUGCGUUGCUCUGUCCAGGGCGAAAAGAGGAUUCUACAUAUUCGGAAAUGGAGAGGCAGUUUCCCUCGCUGAUCCACUAUGGUGGGAAAUCGUCUGCAUUAUGGGGGAAGAUCAGUCAGGUCAACGAAGAUUGGGUCGUCGUCUGCCGCUGACAUGCGUCAAACACGGGAGAAGGUUCUAUAUUCGAGAAUUAAAGGAGUGGCAUGCUAUCAAUGGAGGUUGCGAGCUCAAGUGUGGAGAAGUUCUCUCUUGCGGUCACACUUGCGAACUUCGUUGUCAUAGUUUCUCCCACGAUCAAGUGAGCUGCAAUCAGAUUUGUGGGAAACCACUUGCAUGUGGGCAUGUUUGUCGUGAGCAUUGCUCCACCGGUCACCCGUGCCAUUGCGAAUGCAAACCACCUGCCGUCGAACAUGUCACCAUUGAGCGUCUCGCCAUCGAACGUCUGGCUAUGGAAGAAGUACGCCCGACUGUCAGAAGAACUGCUACAAACUCUUCUAUCCCUGAGGAGAAGCACACCGAGCUCGUCCAAAAGUACCAUAAAUUCGUUAACGGCGGCGCUCAGGAACAAGAUGCGUUCCUGAAUGCCAGGGCCAAGGACAUGGCUUCGGAAGAGUUGAAACAGCAGCUGGACGACGAGGCAUUCAGAGACCUCUUCGGUGGCGAGAACGAGAAUACUGCUUCGAAAUCGUCUAAACCCCGUAGGGCGCCUUCGACGAAGCGCGUUCCUGAUGGUAAGGGCGGUUACAGAGAGCGGUACGUCGACUAUUUCAGCGCACGCACAACUCCAAGCAGAACGUCCAAGGAAAGUUCCCCAGGACAACACCUCUUGGAUAAUAGUGAUUAAAGGUCCAUUUCUUCCACUAGACCUCGAGAACUGGAUGACUCUCAGCGGCUUUACUCACAUUGCCGACAAAAAGAUGCUGUCUCACGCCAAGCUACUGGUAGAAUAGAGGUCAAGUGGAUAGAACCGGAUACUGAUGCACAGAUAUCAUUUCGAAAAGCUCCAGGCCACAAUAGAUGUUUUUAGUAAUUGCAUAUUCCAAUUCAGAAACAUUCA